AUGCUUGAGAACAUGGGAGAAGAGAUGAAGAAAUCAUCAGAAUCUCCUCCUCCGACGUCGUUUCCAUCGUUACCAAACGAUCUCGCUCUCAACAUUCUGGCUCGUAUCUCGUUAAUCCAUCGUCCAACCUUAUCCCUCGUCUCCAAGAGUUUCCGAUCUCUCCUCGCUUCGCGUGAGCUCUACGCUACACGAACCCUAAUCGAAAAAACAGAGAGUUACAUCUACGUUUGCUUAAAUUCGAAUAAAAAAAACCAUAAUCCUCGAUGGUUCACACUUGCACCAGUCCCCCAACGACAGAGAUUGAUACCAAUCCCUAUACCUAAUUCGUUUCCAAAUCAAUAUCCAGAAUCGUCAUCAACCGUUGUUUCGAUCGAUUCGGAGAUUUACGUAAUCGGAGGAUUCUUAAAGGGAAAGAGAAGCAGAAGAGUGUUAGUUCUUGAUUGUCAAUCUCAUCAAUGGAUUAGACUCCCUAAAAUGCGUGUACCUCGAGAAAAAGCAGCCGCUAAUGUAAUUGAUGGUAAGAUCUUUGUGAUUGGAGGUUGCAGGUCCAACAAAAGCAAGGAUUGGGGAGAAGUUUAUGACAUAAAGACGCAAACUUGGGAGCCUUUAUCGCCCGAAACACCAGAUCUCACCGCACAGAAGAGUGUGGUUCCAGGUAGAUUGGUAAUGGGUGGAAAAGUUUAUGUCAUGAAUGGUUUGAAACUAAACUUCAGGGAGAGUGUUUGUUUGGUAGGCAUCGACAAGAACGUGUUGUGUCAAAUAUUCGUUCGUAAUGGGAAAUUACUUUGGCGUGAUGCAAAUGAAGAAGUGGAGUGUUGGACUAAGGUUUGGGGACUUGAAGAACUGUCAUCUAAUUAUCUUGUUUCGGUUGUAAACUUAUGUGGAGGAGGACGAGUGAUGGUUUGGUGGAAGAAGCAUUUGAAGAUUUGGUGUGCAGAGAUUUCGUUUGAGAGAAGGGGUUUCGAAGAGCUUUUGGGAUUUGUUGAAUGCUCUAAAAGUGUGUUUACAUUUGAAGGAUGGGAUUCUGGUUUUGAUUUCUUUAUGCAUUCUGCUAUUGUCACACACUGA